CAGAUGUGACAUAUAAAGAACCUCUAGAUAGAACAAGCUGUACACAAGAUCCAAACUUACUGAAGCAUGUUCAAGGAGAAGAACCACCAAAACAGCUAUGUAAAAACACAGAUCAAAUUAGAUCGGAGACAUGCAUAAUCAGGUUUUUCAGAGCUUUGAGAGGAUAAUUCAGAAUCUCUGGUUCAUAAAAGACAUUUUUGAGCUCAUUCUUGGAGCAGUCUUUUACUUUUUUGAAGCCUUUGUUCGAGUCUUUAUUCCACAUUCCAAGAAAGAUGUUGAGGGAGAGAUAGUCUUGGUGACUGGAGCUGCAAAUGGGAUUGGAAAACUGAUCGCCAAAGAACUUGGACACUAUGGAGCAACAUUAGUCUUAUGGGAUAUCGACUCGGAGGCACUGGACAAAACAGCAAAAGAAUUAAAGCAGGUAUUAGAUGUGCGAGUGUAUGCCUAUACCUGUGACUGCAGCCGAAGAAGUGAGGUCUACAAGGCUGCUGAACUGGUUAAAAGGGAGGUUGGAGAUGUGUCAAUCUUGGUGAACAACGCAGGCAUGGUAACAGGAAAAUACACUUUUGUUGAAGCCCCUGACAGUCUGGUGGAUAGAACACUAAGGGUCAAUGUUGCUGCUCAUUUCUGGACUUACAAGGCGUUUCUCCCAGCUAUGUUGGAACGGAACCAUGGGCACCUGGUCUGUGUGGCAUCCCAUGGAGGGUUGUUUGCAAUGAAUGGCCUUGCAGACUAUUGUGCAAGCAAGUCUGCAGCAGUAAGCUUCGCAGAAUCUAUUGCACUGGAGCUGCUUGUCCUUAAAAAGGAAGGAAUCAAAACAACAAUAGUGUGUCCCUAUCUAAUAAAUACCCAAAUGUUUUGGGGAUGUCAAACAAAGAGACCAUCUUUUCUUCCAGUCUUGGAUCAGAGACAUGCAGCAAAACAGAUUGUGGAUGCCAUACUAAGGGAGAAGAUGUACUUGCUGUUACCCUCAAGUCUAUAUUUCUUGAUGGCACUUAAGAGUCUCAUGCCUGCCAAACUGGGCAUCAUCUUUGUGAACUUCUUUGGUGGGAUGGAUCUGAUGGAUCACUUCAGAGGGGUCCCUGUAACCAUCAACAGCUACAAAAAGCCUCAGCGCCAACAAAAUGACAGUGCCAGUGAUCCACAUACCACUCUUGUCUAUUACAACUAGCAAAAAGUUGCAAAACACAAAACAUUGUAAAUCACCAGUGAGUAAUAUCAGUCUGCUCAAAUGUACCUAUGAACGGAGUACAGAAUUGUUAAUAAAUUUCCUUUUUCUCUGUG